CGUAGCCAGUGGGCGUCUCCGCGGCCUGCGGCUUCGGCCCCGCCCCCGGCCCUGCUCCCGGGUUGGGGUCCUGGGUCCCCAGAGAGGUGAGUCGGCAGCCGGUGGUCCUGCUGCUCUUUGCAGCUUGGGACUGUAGUGUCGCAGGCGUCCGCUGGAGCUCGGAACCUGCUGCGCCACGGAGACCCGCGCCCGUUUGCCAACAGCUGCGCCAGGCCGGGGGCCAGCUGGGCCUGCGGACCUGGCUGCACCGCACACUCGCGACCCCCAACCCGCUCUAGAUGAUGUAUUCCACCGAGAUGCCUGAGGUCACUGUCAGCCGCGGUGCGGGAGAGUUAGUGCCAGCUACCUGUAAGGCAGCUUGAACUUUUCCUGGGGACUCCUCCUCCAGCCCAUUAGAUCGUACUGCUCAUUUCUUGUGAAAUCGUGUGUGCGUAUUACCUAAAUAAACGAAACAUUUCUCCAGUUCAUUUUUGGAAUAUUAGAUCUUUUCUCUUUUGCAAGAUAGUUUUUUUGUUUUGUUUUUGUUUUAACUGACGGAAAAACAAAUUCCUCCUAUGCCUAGGGACUGUUGUCGUCAGAGUUUGGGGUAAAGACUAGCAAAUGAGAAGGUCCUGUCUGUAUCCAUCCUAACUUCCCGGAGGAGCUUCGUUUCUCCCGCCUUUCUGGCAUUCAAAGAAAAUUCUCCAAGGUCAUGUUCCUGAAGGCUUGACCAAUUUCCAAACAGAGAAACUGCUUCCUGAGCCCCCAAGAUGGCAGCUAAAAUGGAGAUAACUUUGAGCUCCCACGAUCAGGCGUCCUCCAGACAAGAGAGACACAUAAUAACAAAGCUAGAAGAGAAGCGGGAGCCCACGCUGCCAAAAAACUGCCCGGAUCCUGAACUCUGCCGCCAGAGCUUCAGGCAGUUUUGUUACCAAGAGGUGUCUGGACCCCAAGAGGCGCUCUCCCGGCUGCGACAGCUCUGCCGGCAGUGGCUGCAGCCUGAGCUGCACACCAAGGAGCAGAUUUUAGAGCUCCUGGUGAUGGAGCAGUUCCUGAUCAUCCUGCCCCCGGAUAUCCAGGCUCGGUUCAGGCAUCGUUGUCCGGUGAGCAGCGAGGAGAUUGUGACCCUGGUGGAAGAUUUUCACAGAGCAGCCAAGAAACCAAAGCAGUGGGUGGCCGUGUGUAUGCAGGGGCAGAAGGUGCUGUUGGAGAAAACUGGAUCUCAGCUUGGAGAACAGGAGCUGCCAGACUUUCAGCCACAAACUAAGAGAGAUCUCAGGGAGAGCUCCCUGGAGGAGUCUUCCCAGGAAGAAUCUCAUGAGCAGCUGAGCCCCCAACAUUGGGAGAAAUCCCAGCUUCUCCAAGAACCAGCCCCCAAGCUAUCUGGGACAGAGGCCCCCAGAAUAAGAAGGGACAACAAGGAAAAUCCACAGCAGGAAGGGGCCAAAGGAGCAAAGCCAUGUGCAGUGCCCGCUGACAGAGCCACAGGGAAUGGUCUGCAGAGCCCAGAAGUGAGAGGGGCAAACGUGUGUGAGCCCCGGUUGCCACGGAGGCAGGUCAGCCCCCCAAACGCUCAGAAGCCAUUUGCUCACUACCAGAGACAUUGCAGGGAACUGGAGUACAUCAGCAGCCCCCCAAAAGGCCACCCACUGAGGGGGCUGAGGAAAAACAAAGGUGGGAAAAGAGGCCUGAACAGUCAUUUGCAGCGGCUGGGUCACCAGACCACCCGCUCUGCCAAGAAACCUUACAAGUGUGAUGACUGUGGGAAAAGCUUCACGUGGAAUUCGGAGCUGAAACGACACAAGAGGGUACACACGGGAGAGCGGCCCUACGCCUGUGGGGAGUGUGGGAACUGCUUCGGGCGGCAGUCCACCCUGAAGCUGCACCAGAGGAUCCACACCGGCGAGAAGCCGUACCAGUGCAGCCGGUGUGGGAAAAGCUUUCGGCAGAGCUCCAACCUUCAUCAGCACCACCGGCUUCACCAUGGGGACUGAAGCCACCACGUGCUUUGCAGUCAUGAGGAAAGGCUUUGUGUUUCUCCUCCUACUACGUGCGUGGAAAUCGCAGAUUGACUGGUGACUUGCAAGGAGAGCAAGCAGCCUUGGGGGAUAAUGGGGCACAUGGAGCCAGUGAGGGAGCCCCACGGUAGGCUGAUCGGGGCCCGGUAGCACACGGUGACAGGGUAAAGAGAUGACAAGUCCAGGUGUUGGGAUAAAGAGGACUGCAGUCUCUGCGGGAGGUGGGAGUGACAGUAGAGGGACAAUCAGGAUGACUAAGUAGGUGGCCCCUUCCUGUUACCCCAUCUGUUGUUUUAUAUACUCUAAAAUAUGUCAAACCAUAUAGUUAUGCAUUUGCUGUCAUUUCACACAAGUUUCUUGUGUGUACACACUUCAGCAUUUUACCAUAACUUCAAGUCAGUAUUCAUUGGAAAACAGUGUAGUAGUGCCUGCCUAUAACCCCAGUACUCGGGAGGCUGAGGCAGGAGGAUCACUGCAUGUUUGAGGCCAGCUUGGGC